ACCGGGCUGUGACGUCACAAUGACGCGUCGCUCCGGCCCAACCCACCCAGCGCGGCUGCCUGUCUGUCCGCCCGCAGUCCUUCACAGAGACGACCGUGAGCCCACCGGCCCGCUUCAUCAACGCAUCCACAACGGAGCCACGGCCGGUCCGCUGCGGCAAGAUGUACCACUCUGACCACGGCGUGGACUUCCAUGACCUCUUCCAUGACCUCUCCUCCCUCGCUGCCCAGCUGGGCCCGGCACACAGAGAGUGAACUCCGCUCCCGGCCAUCAGCGCACCCGCCGUCCCCUUCACAGGGCCUCCGCCCCCCCCCCUCCCGGACCAUGGACAGCCCCCCCAAGCUGUCGGGCGAGACCCUGAUCGUGCACCACAUCCCCCUGGUGCACUGCCAGGUGUCCGGCGGGCGGCAGGGCGGCUGCGGGCUCUCGCUGAAGAGGGGCAGCCCGUUCAUCCCGCCGGAGAACCUGGGCCUGAGUCGCACCACCUCCCUCCCCGAGAGGGACGUCCUCCAGAGGGAGGCGCUGGUCUACAGCAGCCUGAUCCAGACCUCCGGCGGGGGCGGCGGCGGCGGGAGGGGGGGCAGCACGGCCAGCGACGACUCGUCCUUCACCUCCAGCAACUCUGAGGAGCAGCUGAUCGCCGCUCACACGCUGCCCAGAGCCAAGCCGCGGCGCAGGAACCCUCGGCGCCACAACCCCUUCCUGCUCAACACCGAGGACGACGAAGAGGAGGAGGAGGAGGAGGAGGAGGACGGCGACAACCUCAGUGGGUACCUCGAAGACUCCUCCUUCCACCUGCACAGCGACAGAAACCCGGGGGGCGACGGGGCGGCGGCUCCCUUCCUCCUGCACGACCUCGGCUUCGCCCCCGAGCCCUUCCUGCUGCACAGGGCGGUGGGGGGGUCCCUGGGGGCGGCGCCCCGCGGCCUCUCCGCCCACCUGGAGGAGCUGGACCUCCUGGCGCUGGACGGCCAGCUGCGCCUGGGCAGCAGCGGCUCCAACAUGUCCAUGGACUGCGGGGAGCAGGACUGGGCCGACGAGGAGGACGGGGACCCCCCCGCGAUGUCCCCGAUCCACCCCGAGUGCCAGCAGGGCUACGGCAGCGACUCCUCCUGCAACAGCUCGGACGGCGUGCUGGUCAGCUUCAGCGCCAUCUACAACAAGAUGAACAACAGCGUCCCGGAGAAGAAGCCGCCGCCGGCCCCCGGCCGCGCCAACCUCAACGGCCCCACCGCCCGCCGCCGCUGCAGCUCGCCGGGGAACCGGGGAGGCUCCACCGAAGGGGCCUUCUAUCUGGACCUCCACACCUCGCCGACCGAGCCCCCCCCCGCGCAGCAACAGCCCUUCGGCCUCCUCCCCGAGCCCCGCCGGUCCACCUCCUCCAGCUGCUCGUGCGCCGCGGAGCACCGGGGGGUCCUCGACCUGGACGCCAACUGCAACGCGUGCCCCCCCCCGGCGGCCGGGGACCUGGCUUCCUGCCUGCAGAGCCAGGCCCGCCUGGUGGUGGCCACGCAGAACUACUACAAGCUGGUGACCUGCGACCUGUCGUCCCAGUCGUCCCCGAGCCCCGCGGGCUCCUCGCUCAACAGCUGCUCCCCCGAGCACAGCAAGGGCAGCCCCACCCCCACCCCCACCCCCAGCCAGCCCAGCGAGUACUUCCUGUUCAGGCAGAGGGCCGUGGAGGACGGUCUGGGAGAAGAGGACGAAGACGGCGAGUCGCGUCGGAGAGAAGAUGACGGUGGCGAUGAGGAGGACGAAGAGGAGGAGGAGGAGGAGAGGAGGAAUCAGCAGGCGGCCGCGCUCCGAGGCCAGGUCCACGUCAACGUCUCCCCUCCGGCGGUCGGCGGCGGCCCGAUCGGAGCCCCCCCGGGAAGCCGCCCGCGCUCCCGCAGCUACGACCGCAACCUGGACAAGUCUCCGCCCCCCCGGCUCGGCCCUCUGGAGCGCAUGUUGAGCUGCCCCGUGCGGCUCAGCGAGGGCGCCGCCCCGCCCCCGACCCCGCCCCCGGCGCCGCGGGUCACCUCCUUCGCCGAGAUCGCGAGGAGCAAGCGGAGGAACGGAGGCUCGGGGGGCUCGCCGCCGCUGAGGGACCUUUUCUCCUCCACUUACUCCACCCACUCCCACUCCUCCCUGGACUUCUCUCCCAUCCCGGAGCAGCGCUCGGAGGGCGAGUGCCACAGCCUGUCGCCUGUGCCCUUCACCAGAUGUUACAGCCAGGGCAGCGCCGAGCGACACCUGGAGGCGGCGAGGGAGAGCCGGGCCAGGGCUGAAGGAGGCCUGUCCACUUCGUCAGAGAGCCGCCCCCCGGUGGUCCGCUACACCAAGGACCAGCGGCCCACCUCCCUGCCCAUCCAGCCCUUCACCUUCCACCACCAGUUCGCCUCCAAGCCCCCGCAGCCCAAGCCCCCGCUGCCCCUGCUCUCGGGCUACGUCUCCGGGAUGCAGGGCCGCUGCGGGGAGCCGGUGGGGGGGGGGGAGGGCGGGGAUGCAGCAGCCCUGCACGGGUACCGGGGGGCCGCGGCGGCCCCUCCGCCCGGAUCGGUUCGCCCCUCGCCCCUCGGGAGCUACUCCCCGGUGCGGCUCCAGGGGGGGCCCAGCUCCGGGACCUGCUCCACCUGCACCCCGAGCCCCCAGCCGGCACACAGCCUCUCCUGCCCGCUGUCGGAGGGCCUGGGCCCCCUGCGCGCCGCGCCGCCGCCGAAGCAGGGGGGGGCCCCGGGCACUCCGCCCCCGUCCCUGGGGGCGAAGAGAGGGGCGGUGCCCCCGAUGCUGCCCCCGGUGCAGGGCUUCCACCGCGGAGCUCCGCCCGGCUUACCGCCUCUGCACGGCGACGCCCUCAGCCCGCUGGGCUGUGUGGAGGGGGGGGACCACCAGGCCCCCGCAGCCAGGACGCAUCAUGCGCACCACCUCUCCCCCCAGGCUCUCAAAUGGAGGGAGUACCGCCGCCGAAACCCUCUGGGGCUGGAGCGGUCCUCGGGGGGGGGCCACGCCUCUGCUGGAUCGGGCUCCCUCUCCGGUAACCCGGAGCCCAGGAGGGGAGGGGGUCCGCGACCCGCCAGACGGAACGUGUUCGACUUCCCUUCAGAGCCCUCCGCCCCCCCGCCGGGACGCCUCAACGCGGGGGCCCAGUCGGCGAAGCUGCAGCAGAUCUACAGCGACUUCCUGCCGGACUACUUCUCCCUGACCGAGAGGCCUCCGGAGGAGUUCUGCCUCUCCCCCGACGCGUCGACCUGCUCCCCCCCCGCAGGCUCCUCCCCCCACGUCCCUGUGGACCUGCCGCAGAAGAGAGGUCUGGUGAAGGCCGUGAACACGGCGGUGGAUCUGAUCGUGGCUCACUUCAGCACCAGCCGGGACGCAGAUGUGAAGGCCAAGCUGGGGAACAGCUGGGUGAGCCCCAACGUGGGACACCUCAUCCUGAAGUACCUGUGCCCGGCCCUGCACGAGGUGCUGCAGGACGGCCUGAAGGCCUACGUGCUGGACCUGAUCAUCGGGCAGCGCCGCUGUCAGCCCUGGAGCCUGGUGGAGGCCUCCACGCAGCUGGGUCCGUCCACUCGUGUCCUCCACAGCCUCUUCUCAAAGGUGAGCCAGUUCUCGGAGCUCACGAGCCACAGCAUGAGACUCAACGCCUUCGUCUUCGGCCUGCUCAACCUAAAAUGUCUGGAGUUCUGGUUCAAUCACCUGCACACGCAUGAAGACAUCGUGGCGGCACACUACCAGCCGUGGGGUCUCCUCCCCCUCUCGCAGGGGGCGUGCCGGCCGCUCUUCGAGGAGCUGCUCCUCCUGCUGCAGCCGCUGUCGCUCCUCCCCUUUGACCUGGACCUGCUGUUCGAGCCGCACCUCCUCCAGAGGGGCCAGGAGCACCUGCGCCGCAAGGAGCAGCUGUGCUCCGCCGGCCAGAGCGCCGACCACUCGGCGCGCUCCACCUUCCAGCUCAUGAGGGGCUGGAGCGCCACCGUGAGCGAGAUGGUCCGAGACUCGGGCGCCGAGGCCAGGAGAGAGCGGCCGGGGCUGAGGCGCGAGGGGACGUGGCCGAGGACGGAGGAGGGGGCGAAGCCGAGGCUGAGGAGCGGGGGGGGGGCGGGGGCCGGGAGCGCGGCGCCGGAGGUCGGCUUUGCCAACCUGUGGAAGGAGAGGGGCGUGAGCGGCAAGAGGAUGACAGGCGUGGGGCAGGAGAGCGUCGAGGGCGGGAGGAAGGAGAAGGACGCGGCGGAGGAGGGGGGGGGGCGUCAGCGGCAGGAGCGGCAGGCGGGCUGGUGGUACCAGCUCAUGCAGUCCUCCCAGGUCUACAUCGACCAAUCGGCCGAGGGAUCCAAGUUCGUGAAGACGGAGAAAAGGAGGAGGUCGUCGGAGAGGCGGCCGAACCAGCCGCCGCCCACCAGAGAGGGCGUGGUGGAGGGGGCGGAGUCAAGCCAAGAAGGGGAGGGGCACGGCAGCAGGAAAAGAAGCAGCAGCAGCUCCGGGGGGGAGCCAGCGGGAGGCAGGGGGAGGCCGUCAUGGAUGGGAAGCCCGCCGGACUCUGUCCUCAACCAGGAGAUAGAGGCUAAGCCCCCCGAGGCUGCAGCCCGCGAGGAGAGCCCCUCACAGGGACCGGGUCGGCGCUGGGGGAGGCUCUUUGGUUCUCCUUCGAAGGCGGAGCCAGCUGAACAGAAGGCCAAAGCUCAGAAGACCAGACCGCCGUCCGGGUGGCUCUCUCUGGACAGGACCGUCCUCCACCUGGUGGCUCAGACCAUCGGAGCAGGAAGCCUGACGAAGGCGGGGCUUCCGGCAGCGCCUGCCCACCCACAGACCACGCCUCCACCCACGACCACCCGACCGGCUGAAGCCGGACAGCAGUCUCCAUGCGAAGUGCGAGCCCUGUGUCACCACAUCGCCACCGAGCCCGGCCAGCUGAGCUUCAACAAGGGCGACGCCCUGCGGGUCCUGGGGAGGGCCGACGCCGACUGGCUGCUGUGCUCGCUGGGCUCCGUCCGGGGCCUGGUCCCCAUCAUCUACGUCACCCUGGGAAGCAUGGAGGACAGCCGGGACGCCGCUGGACUCGGACAGCGCUGAAGCGGGGGGAGGACGCGCCGGGGGGCGAAGGCAAACCGAUGAAGCAAGAAAACCAAAAGUGAAGGACUUUUGAGCUGGUGGCUGGUUCCUGGAGGGAAAACGCUGUCAUUUCUUUAAAGAUGAUGUACGGACACACGCAGGCAGGAAGUCUGCAUGCAUGCAACCCACACAAAGACACCCCCCACCCCACCCCGGCACGCUAGCUUCUCCCUGCGACCGCCAUCAGCCUCCCCCCUCGCCACCCUGAGGACGCCAUCGCAUGCGGCGACGUAGCAUCGGCGCCCGGCGGUGGCGUAGCAUCACCACCAGGUGGCGCUCUCUGCUUCUCUUCCUGUUGCUUUCUUGGUGCAGAUUGAACUGCUAAAUUCACGUAGAUAAAGCAGUGCCACAUUUGCUGUUAUUGAUGAGAUGUAAAAGCAAAAGAAAAAUGUAUCAACGUCUCCCAAAUGUAGUGUGUUGUUAUUAUUAUUAUUAUUAUUAUUGAUUGCUAAUAUUGUUAUGAGUGGGAGAGUAGAAGAAUCCCCUCAGAAGCUCGUUGGAAGGUUGUUUCAAGUUCACCUUCUAUCUCUAAAGUCUGUUUGUAUGAAGACAAAAGGGACAAAUCACAGACCGCCUAAAGUUACUGGAAGUUACUUUUAACUGGUUCUGAGCCAGUCCCAGUUUGGUCCUGGUCCUCUACAUGAACCCGUCUCCGUCUUCUAUGACCUCCAUCAGUAAAUGCACCGUGAACCAGAACCAGGACUGAGAGGGCCGACUGUCCGUAGAAUGAGGUUUUCUAAAGGGACCCUGGUGGUAGGAGACACUUCCACUUUAGUCCACAGGGGGCGCCAGAAUCACCAUCAAAAUAAAAGAUCCUCAUAGUAACUUGGAGGGAACACACAAACCUUUUUGCCGCAGUCUGAGAUGUGCACGUGCAUCCGACCCGAUGUGCACGUGCAUCCGACCCGAUGUGCACGUGCAUCCGACCCGAUCCUUCGCGCGUGGCCACCGCUAUUCAUUCAUUGAGGGGAACCGGGAAGGAUGUCCAAUGAAAGCAGAGCGUAGCACAGGGUGGAGGCUUUUUUGAGUUUCCAGGGCUCUCGUCUGGAUUACUGCUAAUUAUUGAUAUGCAUUUAGAGGGGGGGGGAUAAUCGUAUCCAUGCCUUAGGGUUCCUAAAGAAGAGAAAAAAGGGAGAAUAGCCGCGUUGGACACUUUAGGGCGAGUGACCUAAUAUUUGUCCGGGCAUUAUAUUUUGUAUGAAGUGUUGAUUGUGACACCCUCCCUAGAUUCAUGGCGACAGAGAGUCGCUGACUCUGAGGACAAAGAGGUGAUGUUUUAAAAGGGAAACCCCAACACGAGGAGUGUCCGUGUGAACCUCCUGCCUAACCAGGUGUAAAACAGGGCCUUAGCUUCCAAAGGACAGACAUGAAACGUGGAUGUUUGAGAGAUGGCCCGAUCCAAAUACUUCACGUUAUGAAACGUUCAAAUCCGGUGUGCAUUCAUUAACUGAAUGAAUGCUUGUGUAGUUUUUGAAAAACGUCCACACAUGAAUAUGAUUUUACUGCUUAAAGUUUCCUUUUUGUAGCAUUUCUGUACAGCUUUUUUCCACGUGUCAUUUCAGCAAUGUCCUUGAACUGUAAAUAUAUUUAAAUCCUGCAGAGCUCCAUGUAUGAAUGUUAAUACAGAUUAACGAGGAGGAGGAGGAGGAGGAGGGGGAGGGGGGCGGUUGCGGUCAUCCGGUCUUUGAUGUGCAGAGAGAGAGAGAAGCAGGUGUGGUCUCUCUCUCUCUGCCCCCCCCCCCGGCUGUAAAUGCCUUCAGUAUCCACAGCUGUUCUCUGUGUGUGUCUACGGCUAUAUGACGUGUACGUAUGACAAUAUCAAACUACUAUGGAUGUUAAAUAACAAAGUGCUCAUGUGAUCACAAA